AUGCACUUGCAUCAGUCAUAUCCUGGUGAUGUCUACGAGUUGUGUAAGUGUGUAAGACAAAUUCCCGGCGCAUACGUACUAGCACUUCUUGCUCUUUUGGAACUCAAAUUAACUGUGGUGUCGUCAACCCGCAACCGCUCAAAAAUCUUUCGAAGCCGUUUGCAAUACGUGAACAACACAACAACCCCACUUGGACAAGCACGCUACAUAGGAUGUUGAGAUUACCUCAGUAUUAACGUGCAGCAGCGCGCGGUCUUAGCGCCGUGCAGUUGCGCAAGUCACGGUAGACAAUACCACCGUCCGUAGCAAAACGUGCGAGAAAAUUUUGACCCGUGUAAUAUCAGACUUCACAGUAGCGAUUAUUUUCUCUCAUGGUGAUCGAAAAUGAAAAUGCUAAUAGUAGAUACAUACAAAAGUUUCAUAUGAUAGAUUUUCCACUUUUGUUUUUGUCGUUUGCGUUUGAUAUUUUCUUUUUCAUGAUCAAGAUCAUGACGAAAUUAUAAUGCGAGUAGUACACUGCUAGAGGGACAUGUUUUGAUCGGUUCAAUAGUUUUGUCGAUGCACAUAACCGCGUGCUUCCCGAGAGCUGCUAUUUCAUUUACAAUAUAAACGCAUCCGAGAAUCCUCUCUCACAUCACCAAUAGUGCCAAUUGACAAUACGUUUUCAACGUGUAUUAAUCCUCGCUAGAUAUAUUUCCUUCUGUGAGUUUUCUGCAUGUAUCUAGAUGAUUUUUUUCGCGUUUCGCAGCGUCUCCGGGGUUUCUCUAGGAUGACCGCUGAAGGAAGGAAUGCUGAAAUAUCAACAUCAUCAUGGUCGUGCACCGGAAGAAUCUAUUUCCAGGCGUAGUUAUGCACAUCACUUUGGUCGUGCUCAAGCCCUGAUUGGUACAAAAAUGUGACACGUUUCUAGCUAGAGCUUCAUGUCCGCACUAAAAAUGGGUAAAACGGAAUAGAUUCUUGUUUGUUGUUUCCGUAUUAGGGGAGCCAAGUGGCGGCUGGAUUUGUUGAGUGUUGCGGAAAAUUCCGCUCAUUCAAAAGGCACAGCCAGGGCAAAAAUCAU